CCAGGACAGGCCAACUCAACUGGCUAUAGAGGCCUAAUUCUGCCUAAGAAAGCCCAAAGAGAGCUGACAAAACGGCCAUGACGCUGCAUUGCGCAGUGUCCGGCCUUUCUCGGCCACGGCUGACUCUUUGUGAGCAUUGUGCUUUCUGGCGCAAACUCUCUGGUCGAAAGCAUGUCACAAAUCCCGACCUUGGAAGGCGAUCAGUGACUCUGCAACACCGCCCGGGAUGGAGCCAGAAGCCAAAUUAUAAGGGAGGCAUCAAGCUAAUGAGGAAACGAAAGGGAGCCCAGGCUCAAUGGGACGAAAAUGCAAAACUUGUUGAUUCCGGGAAGAAGCCAAGCAUGUUGACCAUCCUCGAGAGUCGAGGUUUUGUCAAUUCAAUCGCGGGCGAUCGGGACGCUCUGGACAAGCUGAUGAACGAAAAACGCAUUGGGGCUUAUGCCGGCGUCGACCCGACGGCUCCUUCCUUGCAUGUGGGACAUUUAUUACCGUUUAUGGCGCUCUUUUGGCUCCAUAUACACGGGUACCAUGCCGUUACUCUAUUGGGUGGCAGUACCUCGAAAGUUGGCGAUCCCACUGGCCGCUUGACAUCCCGAGAACGACAGCACUCAUCGAUUCAAAAGGCAAACAUGAUCAGCAUGCAUCUUCAAAUGAAGAAGCUCUGGGUGAGCGUGGUGAAGUACGCACAAAGACAUGGAUAUCAAAAGGAGUGGUCCUGGCGCCGAGAGCUCGUGAAUAAUAAUGCGUGGUGGAACAGCUUACCUUGGAUCGAAGUUUUGAGGACAAUAGGGCAGAGCAUGCGGCUUGGAACAAUGCUUGGAAGGGAUACGGUUCAGAAGAGGCUGGAGAGUGGCGAUGGAAUGUCGUUUGCCGAAUUCACAUACCCUAUCAUGCAGGCAUACGAUUGGUGGCAUAUGUAUAUGACCAAAGGUGUGCAGUUACAGAUUGGUGGCUCUGACCAAUUCGGUAACAUCGUGGCUGGAAUUGAUGUCAUCAAGUAUGCAAAGGAAAAUCAUCAUGACCCCACCAUCAAAGAGGAAAAGUUGUCCGCGGAUAUGGUCCCAUACGGUCUCACCGUGCCUCUCUUGACAACUGCCUCGGGCGCAAAGUUUGGGAAGAGCGCGGGUAACGCAGUGUGGUUGGAUCCAGAGAUGACAACACCCUUUGAAUUAUACCAGUUCUUCCUUCGCUCCUCGGAUACGGAUGUGGAACGCUAUCUCAAACUCUUCACCUUCAUCCCUCUCGGUACGAUCGAACAAAUCAUGAGCGACCACAUGAGCUCUCCCUCACGGCGGACGGCGCAGCAUAUUCUGGCACGGGAGUUUGUCGAAAUGAUCCACGGCAUAGAUGUCGCGAAAGCUACAGAAGCACAGCACCGAUCUUUGUUUCGGAACCAAACAGCUGAGCCUUCAGCCCAGCCGUCUGACUCCACUAUGAGUAACUCUCUCAACACGAAUGCACCACAGGCAAACCGAUUUGCGGCGCCAUCUCCGAACGUUACCCUUCCAAGGUCGCUCGUCGUUGACCAGCCAAUGAGUAGGGUCCUUUAUGCCGCUGGGCUAGUGGCCUCGAGGAGCGAGGGUCAUCGGUUGACGGUGAACCAAGGAGCAUAUGUUGGAUGCGUACCACAGGGCGGUGGAGGCAUGAUGGAUCAACUGACUUUUAGCCCUGUAAAGUCAUUCUUUCCAUCAGUCACAAAAGACUACAUCAUUGAGGGUGAUUUGAUCAUUCUCAGGGUAGGCAAAUGGAAAGUCAAGGUCGUGAAAAUAGUGGAAGACGAAGAUUUCGAAAAGCAAGGGCUUGAUGCCCCAGGCUGGAAGGAGUUCAAACGGGCAAAAGAGAUGGCUGAUGCGUCGAGCGCUGAAGCGCGGGAUGAGACCGUAGCCCGACAAUCAUAGAACCACCCCAAAUCUUGACGGUGUCUAGAUUUGUACUUUUACAAUUUCCCUCUGUUACAUAUUUGCAAAUAGCUUUCUUUAUAUCCUGUCUGAGCAUGUUGAAAAAGGUCUUGGGCAUAUAGAUAUCAAUUUCUCUUCUCAUAUUUUCCUUGAAUAUUAUAUUAGCAGCCCUUUGCUAUCUUGCUCUCAAUCCCAUUUUCUUCGUCC